AUGCCCGAAGACACCAUUAGGCGCUUGGCGUGGCUGGUUCUAUGGCUCGCGUGGAGUUCGGAGAGCUGUCUUGAUAUCGCCGCUGCAGCACGGGAUUAUUCGGCAGCUUGCCCGAAAGGCUGGGUACCCGUUGGUGACGGGGAGAGUUGCGAGGCACCCCCCAGCUAUACUGGCCCCUGUGCGACGUUCGGUUUGUUUGCCAAGCAGAGCAGGAUGAAGAAGAAGACCGAAGAAAUGUGUAAUGUUUCGUGGCCCGAUAUUGAAGAAUGUGACAAAGACUACGAGACCCGAUGUCCGCAGCAUUGGGUCGAGUUAGAAGACAGCUCUUGUGCAGCGCCAGCAUCAUACACUGGGCGCUGUGAGAGAAACUACUCAUUUACCCGUCUUAACGACAAGUAUGUGAAGGAGCCUGCAUUGCCAUAUACCGGCCCUUGUUUGCCGAAAAUGGGUUUUGCAGGCUUGACACGGGACAUGAAAAAACAACUAGAGAAGCAGUGCGAGCUGAGCUUUCCGUGUGUACAAAGAUGCCCGACGAACUAUCGGGCGACCUGCCCACAGGGUUGGUUUUACUUGGCGGGCCCGAGAGUCUGCGUGCCACCCGACGAUUAUAGCGGAAAAUGCCAAGGCAGACGGAGCGUGACAGAGAUGACCGAGACGGACAAAAGGAGGUUUAGUGUUUCGUGCGAAGCCGACUGGCCUUGCCUUCCUGGAACAUCGCCACUCCUGCCGGAAGCCCAAGUGGCACUCCGUAGGCGAGCCAGGCUUCGAGCGAGGCGAACAAGAGGAUCUGGUCCAAUUGAGCCAGAAACUGGCACCAUUCUCUCUAAGCGUUUCUAG